AUGGAUUAUCAAAAUAGAGCGGGCUCGAAGAAAGGCGGUGGUGGGAUUGCAUCAGAUUCACAACAGAAUUUGCAAAGAAGGAAACAAGUUCAAGAUUUACUUAGUAAUGGAGAAGAGGUACCGUUUACAUUCCAACAGGACCAAGAGGGGUCAAAGUUUAGAGCAAACCCAGAUAUAUAUCGAAACCAUUCAGGGAAGUUGGUAUGUAAGCGAUGUAAGACCAUGCAUGUUUCGUGGUCAAGUGUUGAAAGACAUUUAAUGGGUAAGAAGCAUCAGCUUAAUGUGCUUAAAAGUACUGCACGCAAUGGCAAAUCGAAAGAGAAUGAAGAGAAUGUACGAGAUCAAGAAUUUCAACAGCAAGUAAACGAUCUCAGAGCUAAUUUAAGCUAUAAUGGAAUAAAACCUGAGGUUCAAGUUGUUAAAGUGAAGCAUCCUGAGAAGGACUUGUUUGGUAUAUGCGUGCGGGUCAAAUACGAUAACGAGCAUAGAAAAAAAUCACUAAAAGAGGAUAGUUUCAUCCCAUUCAUUCGUAUUCUAUCGGAUCUAGAACUUAAUAAUUCGGAUGCUUCCAAUGCUAAAUACCUAGUUGUCGCUUUUGAGCCGUUUGAAAAUGUCGGAAUACAAUUGCCAAACAAUGAAAUUGAACUUAACGAUUAUGAUCCAUCUGAACCGUACGCGAUAGAUGAUCUGAACAGAAAGUGUACCUAUUGGGAUGUUGAUAGCGGAGAAUUUUAUAUUCAGUUAUUUUUCCGUCAUAACUAA